AUAAAAGGAUCCGUCGCUGGCCAUAUCAAAUCAGAAGUAACCCAAGCGUUCUAACAGCUCAUCUAGCAACUCGCCAAACAACACCAACCUACCAACCACCAUGAAGUGCAUCGUUGCCGCCGUUGCCGUCAUCGCCCUGGCCGUCGCCGCCGAGGCUGGAUACCCGUACGCCGGAUACCCGUACGCUGGAUACCCGUACGCCGGAUACGGUGCCACCGUCGUGCAGGCCAACGCUGGAGCCUGGCCGUACGCUCAUGCCGCCUACCCGUACGCUGGCUACCCGUACGCCCAUGCUGCUGCCUACCCAGCGGCCGUCGCUGCCUAUGCUGCCCCGCACGCCGCUCUGCUGGCCGCUCCCCAUGCCCCGCUCGCCUCGGUCGCUCACCAUGCCGGUGUCGUUCCCGGAGCUACCUCGGUCACUGCCACCCGUGGUGCCGUCCAUGUUGCCCCGCUGCCCGGCCACGCCGUGUCGCAGAAGCAGCUGAAUCUGGCCCCGGCCCCCGGAACUCUGUAAAGCGGUUGUGUGAGGACACGCCAACUGGAAACAGGAUAUCGGAAGAAGGAUGAUGUGUGAUAGACCCGAGGAAACUAGUGCUAAUAGACAGACGGUGGACGGCUGAGCGGUUCAGCAGCAAUGUUGGGCGAUCGGUGGGCCACUGUUUGGUUGAAAGGCAGGAUAGCUGGCUGUUGCUUUGUUCAUGGUUAUCUCAGCAGAUUGUACAUUUACUGUAAAUAGAAGUUAUUUACAUGAAUAAAUGACAGCAUAAACAUAA